UCCAUCUGCCGCCCCUCGCCGCCAUGGGGAGGAGACCCGCAAGGUGCUAUCGCCAGAUCAAGAACAAGCCCUACCCAAGCCAAAGGUACUGCCGUGGUGUCCCUGACCCCAAGAUCAGGAUUUACGAUGUCGGGAUGAAGAGGAAGGGUGUGGAUGAGUUCUCCCACUGUGUGCAUCUCGUCUCCUGGGAGAAGGAGAGUGUCUCUAGUGAGGCUCUUGAGGCUGCCCGUAUUGCGUGCAACAAGUACAUGACCAAGUCUGCAGGAAAGGAUGCCUUCCACCUCAGGGUCCGUGUUCACCCAUUCCAUGUGCUCCGUAUCAACAAGAUGCUUUCGUGUGCUGGGGCAGAUAGGCUCCAGACCGGAAUGAGGGGUGCUUUUGGGAAGCCACAGGGAACCUGUGCUAGGGUGGAUAUUGGCCAAGUCCUCCUGUCAGUGCGGUGCAAGCCCAACAAUGCUAUCCAUGCCAGUGAAGCCCUCCGUCGUGCCAAGUUCAAGUUCCCUGGUCGCCAAAAGAUCAUUGAGAGUAGAAAGUGGGGUUUCACCAAGUUCAGCCGUGAUGAGUAUGUCAAGCUCAAGAGUGAGGGUAGAAUUGUGCCUGAUGGUGUCAAUGCCAAGCUACUUGGUUGCCAUGGUCAUCUUUCAGCUCGUGCGCCAGGCCAGGCUUUCCUGUCAGAGGACAUGGCUGCUUAGAUAUCUGUCCAUCUAUGUGAAACUAGACAUUUUGUUAUAGAAGACAUAGGUGGCUUGGUUAACAACCAAUUAAUUAUGCAAUGUAAUGUAAUUAAUGAAUCGUGUAUGAGCAUCAUAAUUACUUGGUUAACAAAGAUAAUCAAACACAGCCACACAGGGGAAUGGAAAGGUAAUUAGUAGUAGUAAACAGUAAAGGCGGCACUCGCUCUCCGAAUUUCCCCAGUGUUAUUAAACACCUAAGUAAAUAAAGCUGUGCUUAAUUUGCAAUCAACAAAUGUAAAAAAAAAAUAUUGUGAG